AUGUAUAUUUUCACAUUUCUCACUCGUAUCCUAGGGCUCGCUCUUUUGAGCACUGCCCACCCUGGUGAAUACAUCAAACGUGCAAACACCCUCCAGAGGCGAGCGUAUCACUCCCAAGUCGUACGAGGCUAUGGAGCCUGCACCAACGACCUAGCCCUGGCCAAAGUCAACGCUCGUGCCGACCUACGCCGUCGAAGCAUAGUCGAAAGACAACGACAAGACCUUGCCGCUCGUCGAAGUCAACAAAUACUCAAUCCGAACCCAGAUUCCAAUCCCAAGCAACCUGUUGAUCUCCGAGAGCCACUCCGGAAGUCACAUCUCAAAACAGAUCCCAGUAUCGGCCCGAAUACCCCGGAAGAUGAGCUAUUCGGUGAUAAUGGCGUCUGCGUGCUCAAUCCCGAAGGCAUGCUCGGUCCAUUCUACGUAACAGGCGAAUUUAUCCGCUCAGAUAUCACUGAGGCCGAGCCUGGCGUUCCUAUGACCAUCGAUGCACAGUUCAUCGAUGUCGAGACCUGCGAGCCGGUCGAGGGUAUCUGGUGGGAUAUCUGGAGCUGCAACUCUACGGGCGUGUAUUCGGGUGUGAUGUCUUGGGAGAACGAUGGCAAGGAUGAUACAUCGAAUCUCAACGCAACAUUCCUACGUGGACUACAGCGGACAGAUGCUGAAGGCGUCGCUCAGUUCCAGACUAUUUUCCCUGGUCACUACCAUCAUCGCGCGACACACCUUCACGUCAUUGCUCAUGUAGGCAAUGUUACUCGGUUCCCCAACGAUACCAUUACCGGUGGAACUGUUGCGCAUAUUGGGCAGCUAUUCUGGGGUCAGGAUCUUGUUUAUGAGAUUGAGCGGACAUAUCCGUAUUAUACUAAUACGGUGCCUAUUACGCCUAAUUCUCGUGACAGGUUGUUCUUGGAUGAAGUUGAAGGAACUACCUCGGAUCCAGUAUUCAAUUAUGUUAAAUUGGGGGAGGAUGUCCAGGAUGGGAUCUUUGCGUGGAUUUCCGUCGCGGUGAAUCUUUCUGCUAGCUAUGAUCCAAGCCACAACUGGAGAUUGACGGAGCAGGGUAGUGUCUCGGAUUCUGGUGGUGACAGCCCUGUUUGA